AUGCAGGCACCAAUCCCAGGCCCUCGGUCGCCACCAGCAGCUCACUCAGCUGCGCAGACCCCACCUGAUGGUUUCCAGCGCCCAGCCCCUCUUGAGACCCAGAGUGACCGCACCCCUGCCAGCUUUGCCAGCGGCUCAUCCAGAGAAUCAGCAGAGCCAGUCCCUGCCAGCCUCCAGACGCUAGAGCCGUCCCCAGCUGUGACUGGAUGGCAGCAGAGGCCGCCCAGCAGGUUUGCACCUUUCACUAGCAGAGCGUCGCUGCUGCAGCACGUGCCAGUGCAGCCACAGUCCAGCGGCAGGAGCCAGCUAUCUUUGUCUGAUCAGACGACUGUGGAGCCCCGGCGCUUGCCCUCCUCCGGUGCGACAGCGCAGGCCACAGAUGAUCCGCCACACAGCGCCAGCCGCUCUGCCCGCAGUCCCAUCGCACCAAGCAGGAAGCGUGAGAACCUGCGUGAAAGGGAGUUCAGAAAGCAGCAGGAGUCUAGCGCUCCUCCAGAGCCCAGGUCGCGUAGCAGCUCAGUAGAAGCAGGGCAGAUCAAGGCAGAGGCGCUGCCUCUCACUGAUGCCAGAGCAGCGCGCAGUAGAUCCAGCCCUCGGGGCCAGGACCCGGAAGGCAGCGAGAGGGAGACGGGCAGGGGUGCAGCCGAUGCAGGCCGCUGUAAGCCGCGAGAUCGGCGCAGGAGCAGAGACGGCAGCGAGCCGUUGACGGUCGCGGAAGAGGCGGCCAGGCGGCAGCGGAGGGAGGCAGAGCGUGUAGAGUGGGAGCGGACACGUCUAGAAAGGGAGCGAAAACACAGGGAGAGGGAGGCGCAGCGGGAGAGGCAGGAAACGCAGCGGGCAAAGGAGAGAGCAGAGCGGCGGCAUAGAGAACGGGAAGAGCGAGAAAAGAAAGAGUGGGCCGAAGACGCGACCCGGCUGGCCUCCCGCAUCCACUCCCUCUGCGAAGAUUGCACCAUGAAGGAGAUCAUGACGUCACUAGACACCGUGGUCACAAAUCUGCUGUCAGCUCUGCUGAAGCUCUACUCUAUUCACAGGCUGCAUAAGAAGAUGCGUGAGGCUGGGAUGGACACAGACAUCGACCCGGCAAAACUGGCGGCUGGCAUCAUGGAGGGCUUGCGGCAGCUGCGUGUGUUCUCACAGACUGGGGCCGGCCAGUCGGCGCUGCGCUCGCAUGCCGAGGCUCGGGAGCUGGUGCGCAGCGCCAUGCGCGAUCGGCACGAGGCAUUCACCCCCGCCCAGCAGGCCACAUUGGAAGGCCUCGUCAAGGCAUCCGCGGUGUUCACUGCCUUUGUCAACGACGGGACUUCUCCGGUACAGACGCCACCAAAGGCGACCAACGCAGCGACCGGCGCAGCAGCGCAGCCGCCGGGGCUGUCCGGUGCCGCGCAGCCGCGCGCAAACGGCGUUGUGUCACCCAUCGGCAGGCAUGCCUCUGCGCCUCAGAAGCGGCAACAGGCGGGAGCGGCCGGUGCCAAUCAGCCGACAGGCAAGCGCCAGCGAUGGGAGGCAGCGCCUCAGCAGAACAGCGCGCGCCAGCUCAGCGCCGGCCCCGGCAAGCCGGGAAACGGUGCGGCUGCGUCCCGGCCGCCGGACUCGCCACCGAGCCCGCUGACGCCGCCGUCCAAGCCGGGGGAGGCUGAGCCAGAACGGGAUGACAUAUCGAUCUUGUCAGACAGCCAGAAUCUGUACGCGGAUGGCGCAGCCGAGCCCGGCGAUGAGGCUGCGAGCAAAGCUCUAGAGGACUUCCUGCCGUUCAGCCCCGACACUCCCUCGGAGACGCCCGAGCGUGCAACCCCCGCCGUGCCGGGUGAUGACUCAGCCACUGCCGCCUCCGUGCAGCCGGCAUCGGCAGCGCCGGUGGCCGUCCCGGGGCUCCACGAUGCCUCAGCGCCUCCGCAGCGUCAGCGCAGCGGCCAGCCCUCAGAGACAGCUGCCGCACGUGCUGCUGCAGGGGGCCAGGAGGGUGCCACUUCAGGGCAGCAGGGGGAUGAUGCAGUUGACAGGGGGUCAGGGGACGCGAGCACAAGUGGCCGGGCGCUCCACAGCGCAUACCGGCAGGCCGGCCCGGUGGGCGCCCUGCUGCGGCAGCGGCGGCUGUGCCUCGUGCUGGACCUGGACCACACGCUCGUCAACUCUGCCAAAUUCAGCGAGGUCGAGCCGGAGCACCUCAAGCUGCUGGAGAGGCAGCUGCAGCGGGAGGCGGCGCUGCCUGCGGAAGAGAAGCGGCUGCACCGGCUGGACCGCAUUGCGAUGUGGACUGCGCUGCGGCCGGGCCUGCGCCAGAUGCUGGCGGCUGUGGCACCCCUUUUUCAGCUCUGGAUCCAGACCAACGCCAGCCGGGCGUACGCGCUGGCUAUGGCAGAGCUGCUGGACCCCACAGGUGAGCUCUUUGGGCAGCGCAUAAUCUCCAAGGGCGACGACGGCUCCGCGCUGAUCAAUCACAGCAAGCGCCUCAUGCAGGGAUUGGAGGAGUGCGAGGCAGUGUGCAUCAUAGUGGAUGACUCGGACGAUGUCUGGCGGCACCAUGCGCACAACCUGCUGCACGUGGAGCGCUACACCUACUUCCCCUCCUCGCGCCGCCAGCUGAAUCUGCGCGGGCCCUCCUUCCUCGAAGCCCACAAGGAUGAGUGCGACAAGACGGGCAUUCUGGCGGUGACACUCGGCGUGCUGCUGCGGGUGCACAUCGCCGUCUUUGCCGCACUCGACGCGCCGCCGACGGCCGGCAUCCGCGAGGAACACCAUUGGGACGUUCGUCAUGUGCUCGGCCUUCUGCGCAAGCAGGUGCUGCUGGGGGUGCGGGUGCUGUUCUCCAAGGUGUUCCCUCUGGGCCAGGCGCCCAGCGAGCAGCUCUACUGGAAGCAGGCCGAGGCCUACGGCGCCUCCUGCACCAGCCAGCUGGAUGAGCAUGUGACCCAUGUGGUCGCCCUUUCGCGAGGCACCCACAAGGCUCAGUGGGCGCUGCAAGCCGGCAAGCACGUUGUCUCGCCCGCCUGGUUGGAAUGCUCCUGCACUUUGUGGCAACGAGCAAAGGAGCGCGCGUAUCCAGCUCCGCCUUGA